AUGACUGAGUUAACAUUCAGUACAGUUAUUUUAUUGCAUUUAAUAUUUGUUUCUGUCUCUUUUUCAGGGGCAAAAUGGUCGUAUAAUGGACCUGACGGAGAACGCAACUGGUCCAGCAACUAUCCAUUUUGCGGAGGGGCAUUCCAGUCGCCUAUCGACUUCCAGACACAUCUGCUGAGAUACGAUUCAAACCUGCCACCCAUCCAGGUCCAGAACUACAACCUGUCGACCAAUGAACAGCUCACACUCAGCAACAAUGGACACUCUGUGCAGUUGUCUUUGCCGUCUCAAAUAUACAUCUCCAGCCUCCCUCACAGAUAUUCAGCAGCUCAGCUCCACUUCCACUGGGGCUCUUACAAUCAGCUGACUGGAUCAGAACACACUGUUAAUGGCAAACAGUUUGCUGGGGAGAUGCAUGUAGUACACUUCAAUUCUGACAAAUACCCCAACAUCUCAAUGGCAGUGGACAAGCAUGAUGGACUGGCAGUGCUGGGAGUUUUCAUUGAGAUUGGAGAGUUUAACCCUGUUUUAGAAAAAUUCUUCAAAUACAUGAAUGGCAUAAAGUACAGAGAUCAGAAAAUACAUGUCCCAGCAUUUAACAUCCGUGCGCUGCUACCAGCCAAUUUGGAUGAGUAUUAUCGCUACGAUGGUUCUCUGACCACACCGCCAUGCUAUCCCAGUGUGCUAUGGACUGUUUUCAGGAGACCGGUUACCAUUUCCCAAAAACAGUUUUUGGCAUUGACUACAGCUCUGUACACCUCUUAUGCCCAAGAGUCUGCUACUGUGCCACUUCACGGAAAUUACCGUAAACCACAACUCACAGAUAACAGAGUGGUACUGGUUUCCUUCAAGGAUGGUAAGUUGAGGCUUCACGGUAUUCUUUCAACGGUGUCCCCCUUUCAGAGAAAACAAGUCAUCCAAAAGCUUCUGGUGGGUGACCUUGCAGACUUGCCCGAUGAGGGACUCUACCAACUUCUGCCAAAGUUGAGUCCCCAAUCGGGAAAGGAUAAAAAGUUGAAGAAGACCAAGAAGCAGGGACACUGGAGCCAGGCAACUCAGAAACAGCAGUGGUCAAAGAACAAGGUGCCAAGCAAUUCUGGCUACUCCUUAUCCAUUGGGAAGAACACACCAACACCAUGGUAUAUGGGAGCAUUUGAUACGGGUAAAGAGAUGUGCUUUGUAUCCCUGGAGGAGAAUGUUGUGCACCAGCUUGAGAGUUACCAUGCAAAGAGUCUGAUGGUUGAAGCUCUGAGAGAGGUUGUUUUUCCAGAGUUGAAUCUCAGGAGUUACUUGCACUGCCGUUCUGAUCUAGACCUUCAGACCAUAAGAAAACUCAUACAAGAAAGAUCUCGAGAUGAGGCCAUCAAGCUCGAAGAAUCACUGGCUGAAGCCAUGCUGAAGAAGAUGAGAAGAUCUAACACUGAAGAACAAAAAGAGAAAACCAAUGGGUAUAAGCUGGCUGAGAAAAAAGAAAACAUCUCCAAAGCAGACGUGGUGGGAAAAGCAGCUUCUGCCCGAGACAACGAGGAUGUUCUGGUUCAGUAUGGAUAUGUGGCGGCCUGA